UAUGGCGGCCGGAACCGGGAGAGCUGUGCAACAAUAUUGACUGUAGUUGUGGCGUAUAGAGAUCCCGAAAAGGAAACUUCUCUAGCCUCGUGAAAACCUAUAAAAGCCAGGACGUUUGACUGUGGACACCAUCCAACAUUCCCCACUAUACAACCAUGUAUUCACCACCUAGUUCUCCCGUGUCCCCUACACGACCACAGCGUGUAAUACCGCACGGUUUUCUAGCCCCGCCCAAACCGAAACAACGUCCCGUCCAGGAGAUGUCUAUACGCGAACUCCACGAUCGGUAUGACAGCAAUGCUAAGCUCCUCGCUUCACCAGGUGCUUCCACAUCCAAUUAUAUACACAGAAUUUCCGCGGAGCAACGGGAAAUCCAAGCGCUACUAGCGGAACUCGAAGGAGUCGAUAAGAUAAACACUAGUAUGAGAAAUACAAGAAUAAAAGGUGAAGACGAGAUGGACGUCGAAAUGACGCCCGAGCCGCCUGUGAGCAGGAUUAUUGAAACGAAGCGUAGAGUUCUGGCUCGGAGAUACGGACCUGCAGAAGGGACAUCUGCCAUGGGUACCCUCAGUAUGGAUGAAGCUAUUGAAAUUGAGCAACGCCGACAUGUUGCUGACCUGGAGCGUCGUCAACGGAUAGAAGAGAAACAGAAGCGAGUUUAUGACAUGAGAUAUGGUGAUAUGUCCAAGGAGGAAAGAGAAGCGAGAAUAUUUGCCUUCAUGAACCACAAACCAACUGACUCUGACCUGGAGGACGACUCUGAUGAAGGUGAAGAUGACGACGACCCAUCAUCUUGGUUUGAAGACGAUCAAGAUGAUGGCAGAAAGGGCCAGGAUAUCGUCGAACCUGAUGAGGAGGACUAUUACGACAUCAUCCGGGUAGACGCCACCAAGGUUCGGUACAGCACAUUCUAUGAGCCACGGGACGACGAUUGACGGGUAGUGAAAUAUCCUU